AUGAAUGUCUUUUCUGCACAAUCACACAGAACACAGCUGAUCCUGGCAGCUGUGUCCGCAUCUUUACUGACAUCAGGUCUGUUUACUGCAUAUAAUGCCUACAGUCGACGUGAACGGAGACGUGGCCUCGAUCGAGAUAUCCUUAGGUCAAUAGCAGACCAGAAUGAAGGUUCCAAACAGCAUUCAAGACCCAAGGACGAUGAGUUAUUGGAUGAGCAAAUGAUCCGCAUCGGUGCUAACGGACAUGACGAAGGGCUGACCAGGGAGCAGCUCGCGCGGUGCUAUGCGUUUUUCGGAGAUGAGGGCAUGGCACGCGUUCGGGAAAAAUCUGUCGUCGUCGUCGGCUGCGGUGGCGUUGGCAGCUGGGUGGCAGUCAUGUUGGUGAGGUCAGGCGUGUCGAAGAUCCGAUUGGUGGACUUCGACUAUGUGACGCUUUCCUCGUUGAACAGACACGCCACGGCUGUGCUUGCGGAUGUAGGAACGCCGAAGGUGGGAUGCAUUGAGCGGACUCUCAAGCAGAUCAGUAGGUGUGUGGAGGUAGACAGCCGCCUUGAGGUCUGGAGGAAGGAGGACGGAGGGCGGUUGCUGGAGGGAGCAGACUGGGUCAUCGAUGCAAUAGACAACAUAACCACAAAAGUCGAUUUGCUGAAGUAUUGCCAUGAGCACCAUAUCAAAGUGUUCUCGUCUAUGGGAGCUAGUGCAAAGACAGAUCCUACAAGAAUUCAGAUCAGUGACAUCUCGUACACCAUGUACGACCCUCUCGCACGCUCUGUUCGACGCAGGUUGCGGCUGCAGGGUGUAUCCUCGGGGAUUCCCGUUGUUUAUUCCACAGAAGUGCCCGGGGAUGUGAAGUUACUCCCCCUUCCCGAGGAAGAAUUCCAAAAAGGUGCCGUCAAAGAACUGGGAGUAUUUGACGAUUUCAGGGUGCGAAUAUUACCAGUCCUUGGCUCCCUGCCAUCGCUUUUCGGGCUGCACAUCGCGACCUACAUCCUCUGUGAGAUGGCCGGAAAACCGAUUUUGAACCCUUUGCCCAUAAAGAAUCGCAAGAAGCUUUAUGAGCGUCUCCUUCGUGAUCUUUUGCAUCGUGAAUCGAAGUUCACUGGGGAGCCGAUCAAUAAACUGCCUAUCGACGAAGAUGAUGUCGCGCUGAUAUUCGAGGACCUGCAUCUUGGUCGUUCUGUCGUGCCUCCUCAUGCUGUUCCUGCACACCCAACACUUCUGCGGUGGGAUCCAACCAAGCCACUUACUCUAGAGAACUGCGUGGUCUUUGAAUCUACGGAAGCAGAGAAGCACGUCAGAGAGUGCUUGAUGCCGCGGACAGAGGAAGCACAUCCAAGAAAAACCCCGGGAGCUGUAUGGGGAGACGAAGUGCAGGCUGUUGUAGAACGUCAUGCGGGAGACGUGGCAAAAUACAGAACGUGGGUUGGGCUAUAA